GCGGUUGUCAAGCUUGCGCCUGGGGAGACUGGUCUUUGCACAGUGGCUGCUGCCUGCGCCAGCCAAAGCGAAAAGGAGACAAGCAGCUCGGCGCAGAGUGUAGUCCCCGAGCCUUCCCGUGCUCGCUCGGCCGAGCCGUCGUUGGGCCACGUCCCGGAGCUGCCACCUGCAGCCAGGCCGCCAGCCAUGCCAGCUGCGCCCGCCCUGCGCCCGCCGCCACCGCCCACGACCCCAGCCCCUCCGGCACCCAGCCGCCCUGCGCCUCCCAUCCCGGGCCACCGAGGCCCGAGUGACCAGUCUCUAAAAUGCUUAAGCUCGAGGAUUUCUGAGCGAAAGCUGCAAGCCUCCUGGCUGCCCGCGGGGCGAGGACCUCUGGAGAAACCAGGCCUGGGGACCCGCGGUGUCGUCAUGCCCUUGUUCAGUCCUCAGAGUGGUCUUCACGCAGUCCGCGCUGAGCACAGCCCUCUGAAGCCCAGGGUGGUGACGGUGGUGAAGCUGGGGGGACAGCCCCUCCGCAAGGCCACCCUGCUCCUCAACAGGCGGUCGGUGCAGACCUUUGAGCAGCUACUAGCGGACAUCUCUGAAGCCUUGGGCCUUCCCCGGUGGAAGAAUGACCGCGUGCGCAAGCUGUUCACCCUCAAGGGCAGGGAAGUCAAGAGUGUGUCUGACUUCUUCAGGGAGGGUGAUGCCUUCAUAGCCAUGGGCAAAGAGCCUCUGACCCUGAAGAGCAUCCAGCUGGCUGUGGAGGAGCUGUAUCCCAAGAACCGGGCCCUUGCCCUGGCCCCACACAGCCGAGCCCCCUCCCCAAGGCUGAGAAGCAGACUUCCCAGCAAACUUCAGAGAGGAGGCCACCGCUGUGGGGAGGCCGGGAGCUGUAGUGAGGCUGUGAGGAGCAGGGCAGUCACUAGGCCUCAGGGCAAGACCUCUGCAGAGCUGGCUCUGGAAGACAAGGUGAGGGCCCCGAAGACGUGGGUCAGAGCCAAGCAGGAGCCAGAACCUGGUGCCCUGCCACCACCCAGGGAGGCCACUCCGGAGGAGACUCCUGCCGGUGGGGAGAAGCACCUGGGGGUGGAGAUUGAAAAGACCUCGGGGGAGAUGGUCAGGUGUGAGAAGUGUAAGGGAGAGCGGGAGCUGCAGCUGGGCCUGCAGAGGGAGCAGCGUCCUCUGGGGAUCAGUGAGCUGGACCUGGGGAGGGGUCACAAGUGGGAUUCAGAGAAGCUGGUGAGGACCAAGAGCUGCAGGAGGGCUUCAGAGGCGAACUCCACGGAUGGAGAGGAGGCCUGGAAGGCCGACAGCCAUCGGAGCAGCCCCAGGGAGCCCCCUCAGGAGCUGAGGAGACCCAGCCACAGCUCAGACAAGAAAGAGAACAGAGGCUCGGAACCUCAGGAAAGCCACCCCCAAGGAGCAGCCAAGGGCCAGAAGGACCUCGCGGAAGGUCCCCCAGCCGUACCGGAGGGGAAAGACACCAGGCACACAUGCAGGAACAAGCAUGGCGGAGCCUGGCUGCUGAGGGAGCACCAGGCCGAACCCCCGCAGUUUCCCAGGACCCGAGGGGACGAGAAGGAAGCGGAGCAUGAGAAGAAGCCAGGGGGGUCAGGAGGAAGGAGGAUGGGGCUAGAAAAGGAGCCAAGGACGAAGCUGGAAGAGAGCAAGCCAGAACGGCCCAGUGGCCGGAAGCUGCGGCCGCUGGGCAUCAUCUCAGCGGAUGUGGGGAAGCACUAUGAAAUCGGCCGCGUCAUUGGGGACGGGAACUUUGCCAUCGUGAAAGAGUGCAAGCACCGCGAGACCAAGCAGGCCUUCGCCAUGAAGAUUAUCGACAAGUCCAAGCUGAAGGGUAAGGAGGACAUAGUGGACAGCGAGAUUUUAAUCAUUCAGAGUCUCAGUCAUCCCAACAUAGUGAAACUGCACGAGGUCUACGAAACCCAAGCAGAGAUCUACCUGAUCAUGGAGUACGUUCAGGGAGGAGACCUCUUUGAUGCCAUCAUAGAGAGUGUGAAGUUUCCAGAGCCCGAUGCCGCACUCAUGAUCACAGACUUGUGCAAGGCCCUCGUCCACAUGCACGACAAGAAGAUCGUGCACCGGGAUCUGAAACCGGAAAACCUUCUGGUUCAGCGAAAUGAAGACAAGUCUACCACCUUGAAGCUGGCUGAUUUUGGCCUGGCCAAACAUGUGGUGAGGCCUAUAUUUACUGUGUGUGGGACGCCCACAUAUGUAGCUCCUGAAAUUCUUUCUGAGAAAGGUUACGGCCUGGAGGUGGACAUGUGGGCUGCAGGCGUGAUUCUCUACAUCCUCCUGUGUGGCUUCCCCCCUUUCAGAAGCCCCGAGAGGGACCAGGAUGAGCUCUUCAACAUCAUCCAACUGGGCCAGUUCGAGUUCCUUGCCCCUUACUGGGACAACAUCUCUGAUGCUGCCAAAGAUCUGGUGAGACAUUUGCUGGUGGUGGACCCCAAGAAACGGUACACAGCCCACCAGGUCCUUCAGCAUCCCUGGAUUGAGAUGGCUGGGCAUCCCAGCACGGUGAACUCACAGAAGGAUGGAUCCUCCAGCAGCGACAGUCGAUCCCAGAGCCAGCACAAGAAGGUUGCAGAGCAGGUGUCAUAAUCUCUCUGGGUGAUCUAGCCAGCCUGCUUUCCCCGAGGACACAGAAAAGGUGGGAGUCUGCAGGAAGACCAUGCAAGGCGCUUCUCCAUGACCAGAGGAAGAGAAGAGACACCUGGAACAUUUUAAAGAGUGUUUGAAAAACAAGCACUAAUGCUAAAUGCUCUAUGAUAUUUUUUAGAUUUGUAUAUUUAAAGUCUUUAAUACUUUUUGGGUAAGAAUUUCCAUGAAUGAGGAAUUUUGAUAAUAACAAGGAAUUCCGUUUCCUCCUGGUAGUCAAGUUCACAGUGGGCUGCACGCAUAUAUGCUCUCCCUUGCUUGAGCUUCCCGUACAAUGAAUGGGGUGAAUCCUGGCUUUUCUUGCUCACCAAACAUACUGUGAGCAACAGAGGAAGAGUUGCCCUGUUCAGGGGUGGGGAGAGAUGGUGAGCACAGUUCAACACAGCUGUGUUUUAACCUUUGACAGUUGUGGUAAAAUCUUGUUUCAUCUCAGAACAGCAAAGAGACCAAUAAGUAUGCUUCUAUGAGCUGAAAUUCCAUGAAAAAAACCACUUUUUUGGGGGGAAGUGUCUGCAGCUGACUGGUUAGAACUUCAUGAUUAUGGAGAAUUGGAAUGUAUAGAUUGAAAGCCAAAAAAUUAUCUUGGGUUAUCUUUAGUCCUCUUAAUAGUCAUGUAUCACCAAAUUGUGUAUCCAACCUAACAGAUACAGCUGUUAGAAUGCAUUAACUCAGCCAGCUGCUAGCUUCUACUAACCCUAAAGCUAAGCAUUCAGAGCCUACAGAAAGAUGUCCCUGCUUUGCCAUAAGCCACCUACCUAAUUCCAUCGCCAGGAUAGUUGGUAAAUUCAUUGAUUUGUGACUUGUUUUAUUUGGUGAUAAUAAUAAAAAAUCAUGUAACCAUUUCCAGGAUGGGAUGUGUCAUUUAGGACAACAUGAAUGCAUGUUGCCAGGCCAUGAUCACUCACACUGGCUUAGAAUAAAUAAUUUAUUAUUCUUUUUGGAGCAA